AUGGUGGUCGAGGGCGCCAAUCUCUUCCUCUCGGACCUCGCUUGCGCGGUGCUCGAGCGCGCGGGCGUGCACGUCUUCAAGGACGCCUCCACGAACAAGGGCGGCGUCAACGGCUCGUCCCUGGAGGUGCUGGCGGCGCUGGCGCUUCCGCCCGAAGACCACGAGGCGCUGAUGGCGUACGACCCGGACGCGGGAGGCGAGCCGCCCGAGUUCAGGCAGGCGUACGUGAAGCAGAUGUUCGACACCAUCGUGGACAACUCGCGCAAGGACUUCCGGGCCAUCUGGACUUGCAACCAGAACGGCAUGCCAAAGGUGGAGGCGUCUCGCCGGUUGUCGAUGCAGAUCAACAGAGUGAAGGACAGUUUCGAGUAUCACCACGAGUCGAUGUCUGAGACGGAGCGGAAUUGUCUGACGAGAAGCGUCUUGCGUAAGGGAGCUGUGCCUCCGGUCAUGCUCGAGCGCCUGGGCUUGGAGGGCAUUUUGAGGAAUGUACCGGCAAAUUACGUGCUGUCAAUGGUGAGCGCCUGGAUCGCUUCGCGCUACGUCUACCGCUUCGGGCUAGACGCGUCCGAGGUGUCGUUCUUCCUCUUCCUGCGGGAGCUGAUGAGACCCGAGGAUUCCGAGGGCCGAGAGGCCGAGAGGCCUGGCGGAUCUGGAGAGCAGGACGACGCAGCGCCCGCGAACGCGGGGGCCCCUGCCGCCGCCGCGGCGCCGGCGCCCGGCGCGUCGCCGGGGCAGAAGCGGCCAGCGAGGGAGGCCGCCGAGUGCGCGCCCGCGGCGGCGCGGCUGCGCCUGGGGACCUUCUGA